ACGGGCGGUGAGCGCGGCCUUCCCCGCGCGGCCCGGCCCGGCCCGCCGCCAUGGCCCGCCUCGCCGACUACUUCGUGCUGGUGGGCUACGACGCGGAGAAGCGCGGGAGCGGGGACGGCCAGGGACAGAUCCUGCAGCGCUUCCCCGAGAAGGACUGGGAGGACAACCCCUUUCCUCAAGGCAUCGAGUUGUUCUGCCAGCCCAGUGGUUGGCAGCUGUUCACAGAGAGGAACCCCCCCACCUUCUUCGUGGCCGUGCUGACCGACAUCAACUCAGAGAGGCACUACUGCGCCUGCUUCACCUUCUGGGAGGCUGUGGAAAGCACACAGCCUCAAAGCCACACCAGGAAUGGAGAGGAGGAGGAAGAGGAAUCGGCUUCUCCCGUCCAACCAGCACAGCUCUUUGCUCCCAAGAGCCUGGUGCUGGUGUCCAGGCUGGAUCAUGCCGAGGUGUUCAGGAACAGCCUGGGCUUGAUCUACACCAUCUACGUGGAUGGGCUGAACGUGUCCCUGGAGAACGUCAUUGGGAACUUGUUGACGUGCACCAUCCCCAUCACCGGUGGAGCCCAGCGGACGAUCUCGCUGGGUGCAGGGGACAGGCAGGUGAUCCAGACACCCAUCAAUGACUCUCUUCCCGUCAGCAGCUGCAGUGUGGCUCUGCUCUUCCGGCAGCUCGGCAUCACCAAUGUGCUGUAUCUCUUCUGUGCAGCGCUCACUGAGCACAAGAUCCUGUUUCUCUCCAGCAGCUACCAGCGGCUCACUGAUGCCUGCCGGGCUCUCCUUGCACUUAUGUUCCCCCUUAAGUACAGUUUCACGUACGUACCCAUCCUGCCUGCACAGCUCCUGGAGGUACUGAGCACGCCGACACCCUUCAUUAUCGGGGUCCACUCCAUCUUCCAGUCGGAGACACAAGAGCUGCUGGAUGUUGUUAUCGCAGACCUGGAUGGGGGCACAGUGAAUGUCCCUGAGUGUGUGCACAUCUCCCUGCUCCCUGAGCCUCUCCUUCAGCAGACCCGUGAAGCCCUCUCCAUGGUCUUGGACCCGGAGCUGGAGGUGGCAGAUCUGGCAUUCCCCCCUUCUACGAUUUCUGCUUCAUCUCUCAAAAUGCAGGACAAGGAGAUCCGGGCUGUCUUCCUUCGCUUGUUUGCACAGCUGCUGCAGGGCUAUCGUUGGUGUCUGCACAUCAUCCGCAUCCAUCCUGAACCCGUCAUCCGCUUCCACAAGGCAGCCUUCCUGGGGCAGAGGGGGCUGACAGAGGAUGACUUCCUCACCAAGGUGCUGGAGGGCAUGGCCUUUGCAGGCUUUGUGACAGAGCGGGGAGCCCCGUACCGCUCCAUCGACCUCUUCGAUGAGCUUGUUGCUUAUGAAGUGAAGCGCAUGCGUGCAGAAGAGGGGAACAAGCAGAAAAUAUUGCGGCACAUUAAGGAGCUGGCAGAGAAACUUUACAAAAAUGAGAACCCAUACCCUGCCGUGACCAUGCACAAGGUGCAGAAGCCCACUGAAGGCUGUCAUCUGCGCCUGCACCAGAAGCCCUUCCCACGUUUGGAUGAAGGCACAGUGCAGUGGAUCAUUGAUCAGGCCACAGCCAAGCUACAGACAGCUCCUCCAGCUGUGAAAGCAGAGAAGAAGUGCAUGGUGCCCUCAGGCCCCCCCAUUGCAGCCAUCAUGGAGCGUAAUGGCAAUGCCUUGGCCAACAGCGCCCGCCGCCUGGAGGUGGUUCGGAACUGCAUCACCUAUGUCUUUGAGAACAAAAUGUUAGAAGCCAAAAAGUUAUUUCCUGCUGUGCUGCGUGCCAUGAAAGGUCGAGCAGCCCGUCAUUGCCUGACCCAGGAGCUGAAUCUGCACGUGCAGCAGAACCGUGCCGUGCUGGACCACCAGCAGUUCGACUUCAUCGUCCGUAUGAUGAACUGCUGCUUGCAGGACUGCACGGCCAUGGAUGAGCAUGGGAUUGCAGCCGCGCUCCUGCCGCUGGUCACCGCUUUCUGCCGAAAACUGAGCCCAGGCAUCACGCAGUUUGCCUACAGCUGUGUGCAGGAGCACGUGGUGUGGACCAACAUCCAGUUUUGGGAAGCUAUGUUCUACAGUGAUGUGCAGAACCACAUCCGAGCCUUGUACCUGGACAGCAGUGAGGAGAACCACACAGACGAGGAGAGCACGGAGGAACCCCAAGAAGCCAGGUCUGCCCUUGAGAUAGCAUCAGAACAGCUGAGGCUGUGGCCUACCAUGAGCCGAGAGAAGCAGCAAGAACUGAUCCAAAAGGAGGAGAGCACAGUUUUCAGCCAGGCCAUCCACUAUGCCAACCGAAUGAGUUACCUGCUGCUGCCUCUGGACACCAGCAAGAACCGCCUGCUGCGCAGCUCCGGGCUGGGGGAUGUGGAGAGUGUCAGCAACAGCUUUGUCACCAACAGCAUCGCUGGCAGCGUGGCCGAGAGCUACGACACGGAAAGUGGAUUUGAGGAUGCUGAAAGCUCAGAUGUGGCCAACUACGUGGUGCGGUUCAUCAACCGCUUCGUGGACAAAGUCUGCACUGAGAGCGGAGUCACCAACGAGCACCUGAAGGGGCUGCAUGUCAUGAUCCCUGAUAUUGUGCAGAUGCACAUAGAGACACUGGAUGCUGUGCACAGGGAGAGCAAGAGGCUUCCUCCCAUCCAGAAGCCAAAGCUGCUGCGCCCCAACCUCUUGGUGGGUGAGGAGUGUGUGAUGGAGGGGCUGCGUGUGUACCUCAUGCCCGAUGGGCGGGAGGAGGCCGCCGGGGGGAAUAUUGGUGGUCCACCUCUUCUCCCUGCGGAAGGAGCCAUCUUCCUCACCACGUACCGCAUCAUCUUCAAAGGCACUCCCACAGACCCCCUGGUGGGGGAGCAGGUGGUGAUCCGAUCCUUCCCCAUCUCCUCGCUGACCAAAGAGAAGAAGAUCAACAUCCAGGCCCAGGUGGAUCAGUUCAUCCAGGAGGGCCUGCAGCUGCGCUCGUGCACAUUCCAGCUGCUGAAGAUUGCCUUCGAUGAGGAGGUGGCUUCAGACAGCGCCGAGGUCUUCAGGAAGCACCUGCACAAGCUGCGUUACCCCCAGCAUGUGCAUGGCACCUUCGCCUUCACUGUGGGCCAGUCUCCCAAGCAAGCCAUGCAGCCCAAGGUCAAGGAGAAGAACCCCUCGCUCAGGACGCUCUCCAAAAACCUGGUGAAAAAUGCCAAGAAAACCAUUGGCCGCCAAUAUGUGACACGCAAGAAAUACACACCGCCUGCCUGGGAGCAGCGCAGCAGCCAGCACUUCCCGGAGGACAACGAGGAUGAGAUCUCAGUGUCCGAGGAGAUGGACAGGAGCACUUUGACACCCACCACAACCAUCAGACCCUCAGAGAAGAUGACCAUCAACCACUUGGUGGAGCGCGCCUGCUGCCGCGACUACCAGCGCCUGGGGCUGGGCACACUCAGCAGCAGCCUCACACGUUCCAAGAACGAACCCUUCCGCAUCUCCACGGUGAACCGCAUGUACGCCAUUUGUCGGAGUUACCCCGGGCUGCUCAUCGUGCCGCAGAGCAUCCAGGACAACACCAUCCAGCGCAUCUCCCGCUGUUACCGUCAGAACCGCUUCCCCGUGGUGUGCUGGCGCAACUCCCGCACCAAAGCCGUGCUGCUGCGCUCGGGGGGGCUGCAUGGGAAGGGUGUCGUGGGCCUCUUCAAGUCACAGAAUGCUCCCACUGCAGGUCCCUCGCAGACGGACUCCACCAGUUUGGAACAGGAGAAAUACCUGCAGGCUGUCAUCAACUCCAUGCCCCACUACGCCGAUGCCAGCGGGCGUAACACGCUCAGUGGCUUCACCUCUGCUCACAUGAGCAGUGCAGAUUUCUCCGACAAGAGGCAGCCUAAGCUGGGAUCGCUCAUGAAGCAGGUGAUGGGAGGGAAGGACGAAGGGCCCGGGACUAUUAGCCGUGGAGGGCUGGGUCACAGAGCCAGGGUCAUCACCCUGUCCACCCCCAAGUGCGUGUCGCCGAAGGGCCGCGAGUCGCCCCGAGGCAAAUGGGGCAGCAUCCGGGCCAGUGGGCGUAUGAGCAGCUAUGCCCUGAAUGUGGAGAUUGGCUCACGGCUGGCUGGGAAGGAUCUGCUGGGUGCCCAGCACAACGGUGCACCCGCUGAGGCCAGCUUCCUGCGUCAGCACCGCGCCUCGCUCUACAUCAUCGGGGACAAGUCACAGCUGAAGGGGGUGAAGCCAGACCCACUGCAGCACUGGGAGGUGGUGCCCAUCGAGGUGUUUGACGUGCGGCAGGUGAAGGCCAGCUUCAAGAAGCUGAUGAAGGCCUGUGUGCCUGGCUGCCCCUCCACAGACCCCAGCGUCGCCUACCUGCGCUCCCUGGAGGAGUCCGAGUGGCUCUCACAGAUCCAUAAGAUCCUGCAGAUUUCAGUGCUGGUGGUGGAGCUCCUGGACACGGGUUCCUCUGUGCUUGUCAGCCUGGAGGACGGCUGGGACAUCACCACACAGGUGGUCUCCUUGGUGCAGCUCUUGUCAGACCCUUACUACCGGACGCUGGAGGGCUUCCGCCUGCUGGUGGAGAAGGAGUGGUUGUCCUUUGGGCACCGCUUCAGCCACCGUGGGGCCCAGACCUUGGCUGGCCAGAGCAGUGGCUUUGCUCCCAUCUUCCUGCAGUUCCUAGACUGCGUGCACCAGAUCCACCUGCAGUUCCCCAUGGAGUUUGAGUUCAGUCUGUAUUACCUGAAGUUCCUCAGCUACCACUACAUCUCCAAUCGGUUCCGGACCUUCCUGCUGGACUCUGACUACGAGCGCAUCGAGCUGGGCCUCCUGUAUGAGGAGAAGGGUGAACGCAAAUGCCAGCAGGUCUACAAGUCCAUCUGGGAUUACAUCGACAGGCUGAACAAGAAAGCUCCUGUCUUCUUCAACUACAUGUAUGCCCCCGAGGAUGGGGAGGUGCUGCGGCCGUACAGCAACAUUUCCAACCUGAAGGUGUGGGACUACUACACAGAGGAGACGCUUUCUGAGGGCCCCUCUUACGACUGGGAGUUGGUGCAGGGGCAGCCUGAGCACAUGGAAGAGGCAGACAGGCAGGACACCAGCGCACCACAAACCAAGCGCAAAAUCAUCUGGCCCUGCUACGACAACCGCAGCCGCAUGGAGCCCGACGCCAUCUCCAAGCUGCUGGAGGACCUGCACAACCUGGAGAUGGAGCUGGGGCAGGUCCCGGAGCGCUGGAAGGACACGUGGGACAAAAUCAAAGCCUCUCAGCGCACCGAAGCUCGGCAGGAGGGCAGCCGGACCCCCAGCUCCCUGCUGAUGUCCUCGGGGCUCUCGCACCACCGCCGCUCGCUGGGGGUGUACCUGCAGGAGAGCGGCGUGGGCUCCACCCUCAACCUCAGCCUCGACAGUGACACCAGCAGCACAUCCACCCCAUCCAGCGGGAAGCAGGGCGGCCGCAGGAGCACCAGCACGUUGUACAACCAGUUCCAGAUGUCAGAGAGCGAGAACAGGUCCUACGAGGGGUCUCUGUACAAGAAGGGAGCCUUCAUGAAGCCCUGGAAGCCUCGCUGGUUCGUGCUGGAUAAAACCAAGCACCAGCUGCGGUACUACGACAGCCGGAUGGACACGGAGUGCAAAGGUGUCAUCGAUCUGGCCGAGGUGGAAUCCAUCACACCCGGAACCCCCACCAUGGGAGCCCCAAAGACGGUGGAUGAGAAAGCGUUCUUCGAUGUGAGUGCUGUGCUGCGGGGAGGGGGAUGUGCAGCACCCACUCUGCUCCUCUCACAGAAUCACAGAAUGGCCUGGGUUGGAAGGGACCUCAAGGAUUGUGAAGCUCCAACCCCCAGCACAUGCAGCAGAGAGUGA